GACACACUAUGCAAACCUAACACAAGGCAUGACAAAGUCAAAUCUUAUUGAGAAGGAACACUUCAGUGAAUACUGUGGUCGCGCAGGUAGCGUUAGCAGCAGCAGCAGCAGUGAGGAGGAUGAAGAGGAGAUGACUAAGGAGGCUUAUGUCUGCGCCGUAUGCCUGGAUGUCUACUUCAGCCCCUACAUGUGUCAGCCAUGCAAGCACAUCUUCUGCGAACCUUGCCUGAGGACACUGGCCAAGAACUGUCCCGACAGCACGCCCUGUCCUCUAUGCAGGACCAUCAUCACACAUGUCUUCUUCCAGAAGGAUUUAAACCAAAUGGCAAAGACAUUCUUUCCAAAAGAAUACCUGUGUCGGAAACAAAACUUCCAGAAAGCAAGUUGUGCGAAAUGGCCUCUUCCGAGCUGCAGAAAACUCUUCAGAAUAUUUGGAGGUUUCAGGAGGCAGUCCAACUCCGGUGCGCGGCGUCAACUGCUCCACACGGGAAGUGGCUUCCGUCUGAAUGCACUAGACUUUGAUGACGAUGCCCGCGGAUGGCACUUUGACAUGGACAUGGUCAUCAUCUACAUCUACUCGGUGAACUGGAUUAUCGGCUUCUUUGUAUUUUGCAUCCUCUGUUACCUCUUUUUCCCCUCUUUUUGACAGCCUGAUGAUGAUGGGCGUGGUGAUGAUGAUGAUGAUGAUGAUGUAAUGACAGUUAUGAGACUAAGUGAUGAGCUUCCCUGUGGAGAUAAGCAGGUGGGAUAUUGAGUGAAGGGAAAACAGUGGCAGUGUCAGCUUGUUUUCAGCCAUUAAUAGAUGAUUCAAAGAGUAUGUUGUGUAGGAGGGAUAUUCGGGCAUCCGGUGUUCUCCGUGUGAACAUGAUAAACACCAUGUUCUCUCUGUCAAUGGCAGGGCUCGAUCAGAAGGAUUGAAACUGCAUGAUUCAUUGUGAUUAAAUUAGAAGGGGACAUUAUAUUAGUUAUUUUUGCAGCAGUAUACUUACUGUGAGAGAGCUAUUCGGACAUAUGCACUUGUAGCUGUAUAUUUACGCAUAGAUUGGAAAUAAAUUAUCUGAAUUUGAAUUGCUCUGGUUCAAAUUGUUUCCCAACCUUUAU